CGUUCUGUCCGCCCGGAUGCAGUGAGUGCGAAAGAGAAAGCGUGUCCGCUAGGUCGAGAGCGCGCACGCCCGCGUUGGUGCGAAUGAGAGCGACGCGCCAGUGCAAAAGAGCAAAAGCAGCAAAGAAGUGUCAGCAGAAGCAGCAGCAGCAGCAGCGUUGGCGCACCACGCCAUUGGGGGAAGCGGGAGCGCGCGCGCUGUGAGUGUGUGUUUUUGAGAGGUUUGGUCGCCUUUUCACCUCGGCGCGGCGUGUGCUGAGUUUUGGUCGCUGCUGCCGUCGCCGCAACCGUCGUCGAUUCAGCAUUAGCCAGCAUUUUGCAGCGAUUCGGUGGCCAUCAGCAGCGUCCGAGACGUGUGUUGCGCGGGGUAGCACGCGCGCUAGCGCACAAACACACGCAAACGCGCCAGGCACAGGUUCCCGCGCCGUGUGUCGUUUUUCCUGCUGCUGCCGCCUGCACGGGUGGUGGGAUUCUUGGCCCUUUGGGUCGCGCACGGGCUGUGCCUCGACGGGUGGAACCGGGUGGCAGAACGGUGUGCAAGCGAGAAGGCACGAAUCAGCGCGCAAACGUGGACGAAAGCGACGAACGGCGACGGCGGGAGCGCGCGCGCAUUCACGACGAGUAGAAAGAAGAGAGAGAGAGAGAGAGAAAGAGAAUGAGAGAAAGCGAGACGGAAUAAAAAAGAACAAACGAAUCAAAGCAAGCCAGCAAAUUCGAGCGCGUUUCAAGCGCAGUCCAUUUGGCUGUCAGAGGCAAGCGCGCACGGGAGCUUCAUCAGCCUCAGAGUAAGAGCGAGCGAGAGCGAGAGAACCAAGACACGUGCUACGGCAGUGCAAGCGAGAAAGAGAGUGAAGGAGUGAGCGAAUUGGUUUGAGGCAUCCUAGAACAGCAGCAGACCGCUGGCAAGCACGGAAGCCAGCGAGAAAAAGGAAGCAAGGGUUGCCAAGAGUCGGAAAAGCCUCGCCUCCCCGCAUGAACCGAUCCACCAAAUAGAGACAAGUAAGAAAGGGGAAAAGAAAAAGAAGAAAAAUCAGCAGCAGCAGCAGCAGCCCAUUUCCCGAAGCGCGGCGCAAGCACCAAGAACCAGCAAGCUGCCGUCGCCGGGUGUUGGUCACCGGGAGGACGGUGGAGCAGCUAGCAGAAGGACGCGUGAGGAGAAGCGGCCGCGGGCAAGCGAAACGCGACCCCCCGGAGCCGCACCUCACGGCGAAGGUCGGAACCGCGAAAGGGCAUAAACUUCGCCGCACCACCACCACAGCGACGCCGCGAAGAUGUCGAAACUUUCGUUCCGGGCAAGGGCCCUCGAUCCGUCGAAACCGAUGCCGAUCUUUCUGGCCGAGGAGCUGCCGGACCUGCCGGAAUACUCCGCCAUCAACCGUGCGGUCCCGCAGAUGCCGAGUGGCAUGGAGAAGGAAGAGGAAUCGGAGCAUCAUCUACAGCGGGCAAUAUGCACCGGAUUAAUCAUUCCCACGCCCGAGGUGUACGACUCGACGGAUUCCGAGUUCUACGACAAGUACUACCCGCCCGACUACAAGCUGCCCAAGCAGCUGAUCCACAUGCAGCCUCUCAACCUCGAGCAGGACAUUCCAGACUACGACAUGGACAGCUCCGACGAGGUGUGGGUGACGUCCCACGAGAAGAAGCUCGAUCUCGAUCCGCUCAAGUUCGAGAUCAUGAUGGACCGGUUGGAAAAGAGCUCGGGCCAGAAGGUGGUCUCGCUGAACGAAGCCAAAGCCCUCCUGAAGCAGGACGAUGAAGUGAGCAUAGCCGUAUACGACUAUUGGCUGAACAAGCGACUUAAAAUGCAACACCCACUGAUACUGUACGUGAAGACGGAGAACCGUGGCAACAUGACACCGAACAAUCCGUACCUGGCGUUUAGGCGGCGCACGGAGAAGAUGCAGACGAGGAAGAACCGCAAGAACGACGAGUCGUCGUAUGAGAAAAUGUUGAAGUUGAGGCGGGAUCUCUCGCGUGCGGUCACCCUGCUGGACAUGAUCAAACGACGGGAGAAGCUAAAGCGUGAGCAGCUGCACCUGAGCAUCGAAAUCUACGAGAAGCGCUACCAGGCGCAGGAUUUCCAGGGCCACCUGCUGUCCGAGUUUACGUCCAAUGCGACGCGAGUCACGAGACCUGCAUUCGCUCCCAUCUACUCGAACCAGUACGCCCCGCUGGCGGGUGGACAGAAUGCGCUUGGUUCCGGUGCGGGUUCCGGUGCUUACAUGGCCAGCGUGGGUUCGUCCUCGCAGUACGGCGUGGGUACUGGCAGCGGGAGCAACAAGCGCGACAACGAGAGCCUUAGCAGUCGGAAGGAAAAGCGACAAUACAAGAAGCGGAAGCUAAAACUGCAAAAGGAUCGCGGGUCGUCGGGUGGACCGGGUGGUGGCAGUGGGAUGGCCGGUUCGGGGAGCACCCGUGGCGAUGGGACGAGUACGGUCGGUGGCGUUGGGGCCGCGGGAUCCAGCUCCGGAAGCCAUCAUCAUCAUUCGCACCAUCAUCACCAUCACCAUCAUCACCACUCACAGCAGCACCAGCAGCAGCAGCUUCUGCAUCACGGUGGAGUCACCGGAGUUGGCGGAGUUGGCAGUGGGCGCGGUGUUGAGGCGGGAUCGGUACCCGGCGGUGGACACGGAUUGGAUCACCAUCAUCACUUGCACGGGCCGGGUGAUCAUGUCGUUUCGUCUGACGAUGAAGAGCUCGCGAAUUUGCAGGGCAGCUCGGCGGAGGAGGAAUACGCGUAUGCAUUCCGACGAAGUAAACACAGCCAGUACCACAGGCCCCGCGCGGAUGGCUACGGGAACUGGCCGUGGACGUCGCGGGAGGAAAAUGGCGACGCAGAUCCGCGAUAUCGCUUUACGCUUACUUCACUACGAUAUCCUAGGCCCCGGUGUAUUGGGUUCGCUCGGAGGCGGAUAGGGCGAGGUGGACGUGUCAUAAUCGACCGAAUAGCGACAGAUUUUGAUGAUCUGUGGUCGAGGCUGGACUACACGAUCGUCGAGAGUGAAACGAUCGCAUCACUUACCUCAUCGGAGCCAUCGAAAUCGCAGGAAGAGCAUCAUGACGCUGACCACAACGAGUCGGCGGUUGUCGUUAGCCAGCGGCGGCCAAACGAGCGCACGGUCAGUGUAAGCAGCAAUUGCAGCAAUGCGAGCAGUAGUACCGGCGUGGUAGUGUCACUGAAGGCACCACGCGUUCCGGCGGCACUUACGAAUCACAACCACCCGUUGGUGAAUGGUGCGUGUGACGAGAUACCGCCGGAGUUGGUAACGCACGGCAGCAGCACGUCGAACAUGUCGGCCUCAGUGCGUCGGAAACUAGUCCUAAAGCAGGAACAGCCCGCUGUCCGCGAGUACGAAUCGGACGAUGGUACGGAGAUGCAGUUCCUGGCCAGCAUCGGGCUGAUGAACAAAGGCGAGAAGGAACCGAACGGUGGUGGCACGUUUGUUACCACCAAGCGGCGCCUUCGGUACGACAGCGAGGAUAAGGAUGAGAUCGUCCUUCCGGCGAGGGUGGAGGAUGACGCGAGGGAGGAGCGUAUAGGCAAGCCGAAGGUGGGAGACGUGCUAGAAGAGAGUAGGACAGUAGGAAGUGUCGUGCAUAACUCAGAUUUAAUUGUGAUAAAAAGUGAAGAUGGCGGCGUAGGUGUGUCUGUCGAUUCGGUGAGCAGUAGUGGCUUGACCGUGGUCAAGCAGGAACCGGAACUGGCAGAACGGAACGAGAAAACGAGUGGUUCACUGGUUCACAUGGGCGAGGACUUCGAGCAGUUGAUAGACAGUGUAAAUAGUCGUAAUAGCACCCGGAACCGUUUUAACGUAGCAACCGUAGCUGUAAGCAGUAAUAGUAUUAGCUCCACGCCAAACACCAUCGUGGCCGGUGCUGAAAGCGAACGAGAGCAACCGAAUCAGCAGCAUCUGGUUGCGGAUGCAGCGAGAGAGCAACAGGGAGGCGUCGGUAGCUCACCAUCACGAUUGCACGACGCAACACGGGAGGAUAUCGAUGCCGUGUACAAGGACCUGCUGAAUGAGAUUCAAUCGAACUGGUUGCACUUUCGCCCGAAAACACCCGAACCGAGCCAGGACGAUCUACUUACGCUGGAUGGUGAGGACGAGAGUGAUAUGCUGGAGCACUGUUUGGGGCUAACCGAUCCCAAUCGGAUAACGCUCGAGCUGCAAACCCUCGACGAAGCGCUACCAGCGGAGAUUUUCGCCACGAAUCGGAAUCAACCAACGUCGUCGCUGUUCCGUACGGCACCGUAUGCGUUGGAUAACCUUCUCGAACCACAUCCACUGUCGCUCGAAGGAGAUCCUGCCAAAGCGAUCGCUACCUCUGCUGCAGCCAGCGCUUCGUCGAAUGAUGCUACACUCGAGAUGUCUGGCUCUUCGAGCGGUGGUGAGAACAAUCUAAGCGUACCGUCUGAGCUCAAUCUCAGUCUGAACGACGAUGAUAACGAGAAGAUGCUCGACAACAUCCUGCAGGAGUGUGCGAUCGACAAUCCGAAGCAGCUGCAUCAGACGAGCAACUUCUGGAACGGCAUCCUGGAUGAUGGGAUGUUGCACGGGUUCGAUGCGAGUGAGAGUGAGAAACGGACAGUGGAAGGUGAGGGCGCUCUCGCAGCUGAUCCGACGUCUGAUGCCGAACAGCGGACACCGGGAGGUGAACCGAGUUUGUUCCAUUCCAGCGUGUCCCGGAUCGGGUAUCAUUCGGAGUUGGUUGGGUAUGGCCGUCCCGCAGCAGCUGCUGAUCGACGUUCAAGCAAAAGUAAACGCUGGAAAUCGAUCAAUCGCUGCCGGUACAAGAUCGGUAGUAGUGUGUUUUCGGUCAAAAGCAUGCCGAAGGAGGAGAUCUUUCAACCGCUGCUCGAUGCGGACGGUCAACCGAUCUGUCUGGUGGAUGGUGAUCCUGAUGUGGCCACUGUCGGCACGUCGGUGGAUGGCGUUUCGGCUGACAUUCAGGCAGAUGUGGCAGAAGCGUCCAGCGCGAGUAAUCUGAUACCGGCUGGCGGUGGCGUGGAUACGUUAGACAUUAAAAUGGAACAAGAUGACUGCGUGCCGACGGGAGGUGGUGGGCUUGUUGCCACAGCCAGUACUCCGACGACUGGUCCGGUGGCUUUGGGAGAACAGAUCAUAAAGAUAGAACCUCCGGACGAGCUGCUUACACCGGCCGAUGGUGGCGGUUGUGAUGCCACGCUGCUGACAGCAAGCCCUGCGACGGUGCAGUUUCUACCUCAUAGCAGUACGAUGGCCACAUCCGGCGUUGGUGCCACCACGAUCAAGUUGGAACCGUUUAAUCACAUCAGCCAGAUUGCGGCAAGAAGCUCUACACCGGAUGGAGCGCGAGCCGGUUCGGCUACGCUCAUCCCGGCCACGAUCGUCGUCUCGCAACCAUCCGUUACCGGUACGUCAGGGAUUUUCCCCGGUACGGCCAGUGGUACGGUUCCGGCGGUGGUGUCCGUCGCAUUGCAACAGGGUGGUCUGCAUCAGCUCGUGCAUACGUCUUCCGCACCAUCUAUGGCAGCUGGCACUACGAUGUUGGUAAUGCAACCGAUUUCCUCGAACAACGGUGCAUCGGGUCAGUCAUCAACAACGGUGUCUGCGACACCGACUUCGUUCCUGUUGAGCACCAGUGGUAGCAGUGCGAAUGGCGCUACUACUGGCGGAUCGAUUUUAGUGCAAUCCGCUGCAUCGUCGAAUGCAAUGCAAUCCGUCUCAUCAUCGACCGCAUCGCUUCUGUCGGGUUCGACACCGAUCGUUGUCACGGUGCCACCGGCCAGUAGUGGUGCCUCGUCGAAUCUUAUGUUGCCAACCAGUGGUACUAAUACCGUCGUGUCGAUCGCGACUCCAAUCAUUAUGUCGACGUCGUCGGUUAACUCACUUGCACAGUCGAUUGUACAUGCUCAAUCCGCGGCUGUUGGAGGCACUAGUAACACUUCUACGACGAGUAACAGUGGCACAACUAGCGUCAGCACUAGUACCGGAUUGAACAGCUACAUUGUGCAGCAUAACUCGACACCGAUCAUGCUGUCGCAUCAGCAAAUGCAGCAAUUGGCGAGUGGAGGUGGUGGCAACAUCGUGACCGUCGGUGGACAGCAGGUUGUUACGACGAAGCAACACCAUGGUGAAACGUUUGUGCUGACCCAGGCACCCCUGAAGAAGCAGAUCAAUGGACCGUCCGAUGGCAGCAAGAAUGUCUCCGCUACUACCGUGACCGCGCAAAACAUCAACAACCAAAAGUUUCACGCCCUUUUGGGUCAGAAGCUGGGUAACAGACCGGCGGAUUUGAACAAGAAGCAGCUAGACAUGAUCCGGAAGGCGUUGGUUUCAUCCACGCCCAAGAUGAUCGUGAAGUCUGCCAGCCAUCCGUUGCAGCAGCAGCAACAGCAGAUCCAUGGUGGAACCGCCGGUGGUAGCGGUACCGGACUGACCGGCCAUCACGGCCAAUCGGCUUUGCAGCAACAGCAACAACCCCAGUACAACGUGAUCCAUCAGAAUUCGCUCAAUUCACCGAUAACGAUCGUUUCGGCGCAAAGUCCGGGCCAACCGGUGCAGAACAAAAUCAUCCUGACGUCGUCUCCGCAUUUGUUGCAACAAGCCGCAGCGGUCGGUGGUACGACGGCCGGACAGUUGCUCGCAGCGGCCGCUUCCUCGCAUGGAAAGAUCCAGCUGACGACGGUCCAGCAAAGCCAACAGCAACAGCAGCAGCAAUCGGGUCAGGGAACGGCUGGUACCACUGGUGGGCAGAUUGUGACGCUGGAUUCAUCCGGUCAACCGGCAGUGACAGGAGUCGGUGGUGUGCAGCAGCAGCUAAAGCUUGAGAAAAACCGCAUUCUGUACAACAUCAAGAACAGCCGGCAGUUUUUGCACCUCAACUCGAAGGUGGUCAACAUCAUCCAGCCGAUACAGUCACAAAAGAUCGUUAACAGUCUCACGAUCCAGCAGCAGCAGCAGCAACAGCAACAUCAGCAGCAACAGCAGCAGCUCCUGCACAGUCAGACUGGACACGGUGGUGGUACAACGACGAUUCUCAACAGCAAGGGGCAAACGGUUCAGCGCAUUCCGACGGUUAGCAUUCGCACUCAGCAACAGCAGCAGCAGCAGCAGCAACAACAGCAGUCCCAGCAACUCCAACAGACGCAGCAGCAGCCAACGAACCUUGUCGACAUGGUGGUCGUGAACAACACGAACAACAUUAAGUUCAUUCAAGCUGCGUCGGCAGCAGCUGCGGCCGCUGCUGCAGGUGGUGGAACCGUGGUUAACAACAGCACUGGAACGACAGUGGUGACGAGCCGGGUAAACUCCGUCCCAACGCCGGUGGGUUCCAGUGCGGCCAAUGCUUCCUCCGGGACCGUCGAUACCGGUGGUGGUAGCGGUGGUAAUACCAGCAACAACUGCACUCAGGUGACGACCUCCGUGGCGGCAGUAGCGACGAACGCGAACAGCACCGGAACAGGGACAUCGAUGAACAGCAAUUCAGCGGUGACAUCUACGACGGUGGCGACGGUAGCCGCUGGAACGGCCGUCGGUGGUAGCACAACGACGAUGGUUGGAAGUGCCGGUGCCAACGGAACCACCGGAACGGGCAGUAACGGUGGCGUUGGAACCGGCGGGGCUAGUGGUAGCACUAAUCCUGCAGCCAGUAUAAACAUUACCAAUAGGUGAGAAUCGAAGAUCCAGCUCAGUAGGUAACUGUUACUGUAUUUUAACUUAUUACUAAUUAAUAUUAACGUGUAAGGUUGAUAGAAGAAGAAGAAGAAGAUGCAGAAAAGGAAGAAUAGAAGGAAAAAGCGAGAGCGCAUUCGAAACGCCGCGGCACAGAAGUGGCACGAAAUGGCAACUGAGAAUGCACGGGAAAAGGAAACUGAAAUAAGCUUCAUAGAGUGGGGUAAUUUUAAACAUGCGCCUGCAAGAGGACUUCUUUCCUUUGAAGCCAAAUGAGAUUUUCUAUUUGCGCGAAUCCGAUUUAAGGGAUUUCAUUUUUGGCAGGUUGUUUCCGAAGAAAAACAAAACACAAAUGUCACGGGUUGAGGAUCGAUUGCGUUGCUGAUUUUCACGAUUUACGC